GCGUUUCACCGCGAAAUGUAUCCCCACACUGGGAGGUUUGUGCUGGUGCUGGUGUGCGUCGGCAUCGUGCUCGGAUCAUCUGAAGCAUUGAACCUACAAGAUGAAUGUCAAACACCGGACGGUAAUGCGGGCACGUGUGUGCUGAUACGAUCAUGCCUAUCGAUUCGGAAGCUAUUGCUGUUGAGGGACAAAAUGACACCGGAAGACCGAACCUUUGUCCGCAAUUCAAACUGUGGCCAGCAGGGCCGUUCGGUGCUAGUGUGCUGUCCAUUGGUACGCAAACUAACAGGAAGAUUUGACGCCCCGGUCGAGCUGCCACCACCGGGUGAGUGUGGAAAAAUGCAAUCGGACCGUAUCGUCGGUGGUGAGGUAACUUCCUUAGAUGCCUAUCCUUGGCUAACGCGAAUUCAGUACUACAAAGGUAACAAUCGGUACGGAUUCCACUGCGGAGGUGUCCUCAUCCACAGCCAAUACGCGCUUACCGCAGCUCACUGCAUUGAAGGUGUUCCGUCUAGCUGGAUCGUAUAUCAAGUCCGUCUUGGCGAGUUUGACACAACCACAGAAAUUGACUGUGUACUAGAUGAUUGUGCUGAUCCAGUACGUGACAUACUUAUAAGCGCAUACGUAGUCCAUCCCGAGUACUACAAACAGAACGGGGCCGACUACAACGAUAUCGCACUGCUGCAGCUUUCCGAAUCGAUUGAAUUUACCGACUUUAUUCGACCGAUCUGUCUCCCAGUCACGCCCGCCGAUCGUGAAGCCAAUCUGACCGGCAAAUACGCGAGCGUUGCCGGCUGGGGCCAGACGGAAAACACUACUUCGAGCACGAAAAAGCUGCACCUGAGUGUGCCCGUGGUCGAGAACGAAGCGUGUGCCGAUGCGUUCAGCUCGAUACAGUUGGAAAUUAUUCCCACCCAAAUAUGUGCCGGGGGCGAAAAGGGUAAGGAUUCGUGCCGUGGUGAUUCUGGUGGUCCGUUGAUGCGGUACGGCAAUGGACGAUCGUCGAGUAGGUACUGGUACCUGAUCGGUGUAGUUAGCUUCGGCCUGGAGCAGUGCGGUACGGAUGGUGUACCCGGGGUCUACACGCGUAUGAGCGAGUACAUGGACUGGGUGUUGGAGACGAUGGUGUAGCGGAA